UUUCCCUUCCCCCUUCCAUUCGACGCCUCGGGGAGAAGGAAUUCUGGGCUAGGGUUUCGCGGUUCGAGAGAGGGAGAGCGGCUAGGGUUACGUUCGAGGGAGCGGCGCCCCCAUGGCGUCGCCGGCGGCGGCGGCGGCGGCGGAGGGUGAGGGGGCGGUGACGGGCGCGAUGGUGAGCGCGGGGUUCGCGGAGCUGGAGCGGCAGCAGCAGCUGCUGGCGACCUGCACGCGCCUGUACCAGCAGCUCACCGACCACUUCGGCUCGCUGGAGCGCGGGCUCGCGGCCCGCUCCGACGCGCUCCGCGUCCGCCGCCGCACCUUUGACGCGCGCACCCACCGCGCGCUCGACUCGCUGCACCGACGGGAGGCCUCCAUCGACGGCUCCGUCUCCCGCGCGCUCGACCACCUCGACUCCCUCUCCGCCGCCGCGGCCUCCGGCGGGGGCAAGGGGGUUCCCUCCGACGCCGACGCCGACGCCGACGCUGCCGGACUCGCCGAGAGCCUGCGGGCGCUCUGCACCAGGAUGGACUCCGCGGCGUUCCUCGGGUUCGUGGCCGCGCGGCGGAAGGAGGCGGACGCUCUGCGGGCCGAGAUGCCUUCCGCGCUCAAGCACUGCGUGGAUCCGGCCAAGUUCGUCAUGGACGCGGUUGCCGACGUGUUCCCCGUGGACCGCCGCGAGGUGAAGAACCCAGCCGACCUGGCCUGGGCGUGCGUGCUCAUCUUCGAGUCGGCGGUGCCGGCUCUGGCGGACCCGGACCCGGAGAUCGGUGCUGCGCGCCCCCUGGUGCCGCGGGCCAUGAAGGAGCGCGCACGGGGCAUGGCGAGGGGGUGGAAGGAGGCGGUCGAGAGGAAGGGAGGGGUGGAAGGGGCCAAGCCGCCGGACGCGCACGCCUUCCUGCAGCACGUGGCGACUUUCGCCGUGGCAGAGAGGGAGGACCGGCCGCUUUACCGCAGGAUUAUAGUGAGCUUCUCUUGGCGCCGACAGAUGCCACGCCUCGCGGUGACCCUCGGCCUUGAGGAAGAAAUGGCUGAUAUCAUUGAGGAAUUAAUUGCUAAGAGGCAGCAGCUUGAUGCCGUGAAUUUCACAUAUGAGGCUGGUCUUCAGGAGAAGUUCCCUCCUGUUCCUCUUUUGAAGUCCUACCUGGAAGACUCUAAGAAGACACCAUCCAUUGCUUCAGAUAAUUCGAGCACUAGCAGUGGCCAGUCAGGGAGCAAUGUGAACAAGAAAGAGCAGUCUGCACUGCGAGCUGUUAUAAAGUGUGUUGAGGACCGUAAGCUGGAAGCCGAGUUUCCCCCGGAGGAUCUUCGGAAGCAGCUCGAAGAACUGGAGAAGGCCAAGACCGAGAAGAAAAAGGCAGCAUCAAGCGCUUCCAGUGGUGGUAGCAGUGGCCCUGCCAACAAGCGCAUCCGUGCAAGCAAUGGAGGCCCAAUGCCUCCUGCCAAGGCAGGUCGUCUCACUAACAACACUUGUGUGUCUUCUUUCCCAGCUCCCACCACAUUUGCCGGCUCCCCAUCCCACAUGUCGUAUGCCACAACCUCCCCGUCCCACAUGUCGUAUGCCACAACCUCCCCGUCCCACAUGUCGUAUGCCACAACCUCCCCUUCCCACACAUCAUCUGCCACAGCUUCCCCUUCCCACACAUCAUACACUGUCUCCCCUUCUCACGCAUCAUAUGCCAUGGCCUCCCCCUAUACCUACGAUAGGCCGGCUGGACAUGCCCUAUACUGCAACCGGAGCCCACCGGUGAUGAGGGAGCCAUAUGUCUACCCAGCUGAGGUAUCAAAUGUCGGUAUUGCCAUGCCAUACACUUCCCCACCCCUGAGCUAUCCCGCCCCGUAUGGCAGAUAUGGCAAUGGAAUGGGAACUUACAACAACGGAAUGGCUCCUGCCUUCCACCAGGCUUACUACCGGUAGGUUCAGUCAGGAAAAAAAGUCGCUGAUGAAUGACACAUGACAACUGAUGAUGCCAACGACUCGAAUCGCACACUGGCUCUAUUUUGUAGUGACUGACUACAACGCUAGGUUGGGUAUCUCAUCUCAUAUGUUCUUACCACUACUAGACGCUUUGUGUUAGCUCUCAUCUCAUGCUAGGCCACUACUAAGGAAUCUGGUUGUAAAUUAUGUAUGCUAUCGGCGAGACUCCUGUCGCCUUAUGUAAUUCUAUUCAGAACUAUGAAAAGCCCCCC